AUGGCUUGGCGAGUGGCCGUGACGGGGACCCGCAAAAGCGGGCCUCAAGCUGGGAAUGCCAUCUUUUCCUACAUUGCGGUUGCCGAUAACAAGACCUUCCGAUCCUGGACAUCUGCCUCCGACUAUGCUCUGAAGAAGGGGCUGGAGGACCCGCCUUACUAUGACAAGUUCUUCUUCGCCGACGGCACUCCCAAGAAGCAGGCUUGCCGGGUGCUUCUUUUCUUUUCGACUGGCAGAGCCCACUCCUACCCGAUUCGGGUUCGUUCGUCGUUCCAAAACUUACUCAUGAGCCCCGAUCGUUUCCAAACUUAUCGCAUGAUCAGACUUUAG